AUGGCGGAACCAUCACCAACCCCAACAUCACCACAACAACCCCAACCCCAACCCCAACCCCCCUCCUUCACCCUCACCUCCCACGACACCGCCCUCGCCCUCCUCCCCCCGCCCGCCCUCUGGCCCCGCCUCGACCGCCUGCGAGCCCUCUACGACGCCGCCUACCCCAAGUGGCCGCCCCACAUCAACCUGGUCUACCCCUUCGUGCGGCCCGAUCGCCUAGCCGACGCCGCCGACCGUGUUGGUGCCGCGUUCGCCCCUGCUGCUGCUGCUGCUGCUCCGUUACCAGACACCGGGGUGGAGGUGUGUCUCGGGCAGGUGGGUGUGUUUGAGCGGAGGAAGGGGGUGAGCAGUACCAUAUUUUUGGAGGAUGGGGAUGUGGCGAGGGCGGAGAGGGUUAAGGCGUUGAGGGAGAGCGUGCUGGCUGCGCUGGGGGGUGGGGGGGCGCCGGAGUCGCGGCCGUAUCGCAUGCACAUGACGGUCGCGCAGAGCGAGGAUGUGGAUUGUGAUGCGCAUCGGUUUUUGGUGGAAAAGGUUGGCCUGCUGCCCCGGGUGGAGUGGCAGGUUGCUGAGCUGGCUGUGCUGGUGAGGGAGCGGGACGCGGGUGGUGGAAGUGUGAUGCGCUUGUGGGGGAGGAUUAGUCUGAGGGAUGGGACGGUGGAGAGGUUGGGGAAGGUGGCGCCGUUUUAUAAGGGUGUGGGUGUGCUGAGGGAGGUGGAGGAUGAGGAUGCGGAGGGUGCGGAGGGGAUGGCGGAGAAGGAUCAGCUCCAGACCGCGUCGCUGUACUGCGCUGGGGAGGAGUCGGAGCGGUGGACGCCGUUCAUGCCUUCGAAGCUCGUCGUGGCGAGCUAUAAUGUCCUCGCCGAGUUCGAGUGGCCGCCGUCCGAGGCCCGGUAUCCGCUGGUGGUGAAGAACAUUCUCGCUGAGAAUGCCCAGGCGGAUGUGCUGGUGCUGGAAGAGGUCACCGACAGCUUCCUGUCCUAUCUCCUUUCCGACAAGCAGAUCCGCGAAGCGUAUCCGUUCUGCACCCACGGCCCGCCCCACGAAGACGACAUCGAGCCGCUCCCAAACUACCUUAACAUCGUCAUGUUGAGCGCGACUCCCCUCGACUGGGAGUAUGUCUCCCUCCAUCGGAAGCACAAGGGCGCGCUGGUCGCCAAGAUCAAGCAUGCCGGCCGGUCUGAUGGCGACAGGUUCCUCCCGGUUGUUAUUGCGGCUGUCCACCUUAGCCACGGCCUGACCGAUGGAGCGGUCGCUGCCAAAAAGACGGAUAUCAAACGGGUCAUCAACUACCUCUCUGAAACUUACCCCAGACACCCCUGGAUUCUUGCGGGCGACUUCAACGUUACGACAUCAUCCGUCUCGAUUAACACUGCGCUUAAAAACAAGGCCAUAUCGGACUUGUCCGCGAGCCACCUGGCAAGCCUCGAUGGUCUUUUCUCCGAGGCGAAGCUGGUUGAUGCUUGGCAGACCUCCACCGAGGACGACUCUGACGGCGACGAUGUGGAAGGGGAGCAAGGCGCCACCUGGGAUCCGAGCACUAACGGUAUGGCUGCCGCCAUGGCCACCGGCGGCGCCAACGCGCAGCCUCAACGAUAUGACCGAAUCCUUGUUCGUGGCGAGGGCUUCCUGAAGAUCACCGAUUUCAACAUGUUUGGCUUCUUGACGGAGCAGGGAGAUGAUUCAAAAAUGUUCGCUAGCGACCACUGGGGUGUCAGAUGCACCCUGGACAUGGGAGGCAUCGGUGACAAGGCCGACGAGCCGUCUGAGAAGGUUGCCGACCUUAUUGUGCCUGUCCACCCGGAGAAGGCGCCAGAGCAGUUGGAUCAAGCAGGGGGCGUGGAGGCAUCUCUACGUGAGCUUGGGGUAAUUCCAACGGGGGACGAGGUUAUCAAGCGGAAGAAGGCAUUGGAGCUCCUGAAGGGUGUGAUCCUCGACGCGCCUUCAACGGACGCAGCAGGAUCACGCUCACAACCGGCAGUCGUCAUCGUCCCCGUUGGCUCCUAUGCCCUCGACGUCUGGACCGCCUCCUCAGACAUCGACGUUUUGUGCAUCGGCCCCUUCAGCACCAAGACCUUUUUCGCCCUGGCAACCCAGCGCCUGCGCAAGGCCGCCGCUCAGGGCAUCAGGAUCCUCCGCCGGGUCCUAGCCCACACCGGCACCAUGCUGGAGAUCGAGGUCGACGGCAUCAAGGUCGACCUGCAGUACUGCCCAGCCACCCUGGUCGCCGAGCGCUGGCCCGACGUGCUGCGCGCCCCGGCGACCGACCCGGUCUGGUCCCUCUCGGUGCAAACCCUCGCUAAGCUCAAAGCGAUCCGCGACACCGACUACCUCGCGCGCUCGCUCCCCGACCUCGCCACCUUCCGCCUCGCGCACCGCUUCAUCAAGACCUGGGCCAAGUCGCGCGGCAUCUACGCCGCCCGCUUCGGCUUCCUCAGCGGCAUCCAGAUCUCCAUCCUGCUCGCGCGCGUGCACAAGCUCCUCGCACGGGAGACGGGCGCCCCCUCGACCGCCGAGACCCUCCUCGCCACCUUCUUCGCGCACUACGCCACCUUCGACUGGGCGAACCAAAUCGCCUUCGACCCGACCUUCCACCGCCACACCCUCCCCUACACGCGCACGGCGCGCGAGCCGCUCGCCGUGCUGGGCUACUUCCCGCCCGCGCGCAACACCGCCCUGACGGCCUCGGUGCCGUCGGCCAAGACCCUCGCCGCCGAGUUCCGCCGCGCCGGCGCCGCGCUGCGGGACGCGCCCUCGUGGUCGGCUUUCGUGGCCGGGUCGACCGCCGCCACGGCUGAUUUCCUGGCCGCGCAUCGGUCGUAUGUCAAGCUGGAUGUGCAGUACUGGGGCUUGUCCCUGGCGCGUGGCGCCCAGUUCCUCGGCUGGCUCGAGUCGCGGUGCGUUAUGCUGCUGGUGGACCUGCACCGCCGCGCGCCGGGCUUGUUUGUGCGUAUGUGGCCGGCGCGGUUUGUGGAGGCGAAUGAGCUGGAGGAGGGGGGAGGGGAUAGGGAUGGGGGUGGUGAUGAUGGUGACCGCGACUUUAGGGGUUGCUACCUCAUCGGCCUUGAUAAGGGCUCCCCGGAUAUGGCUAAGGAGGACCUGAAGGUGGCGCUGGGGGCGCUGCAGACUGUGCUGGCCCGGUUUGAGGCGCAGAUGAGGGGGGAUGAGAGGUACUUUGAUGCGAAGAGUUGCUGGUUGAGUGCGGCUGUGGUGAAUAAAGGCGAGUUGGGCAAGCUGGAGCUUGACAGUCGCGAGUGGGGCGAGUAUACCCCCGGGGAGGAGGAACUGGACGAGGAAGAGGAGGAAGAAGAGCUGGAGGCGACGUCGGGUCAGGACUCGGAGCACGAUGAAUUUGCCAAGAAAGAGAAGAAGAAAAAGGGACAAGCCGCCAGGAAGCAGAUUGCUGCUGUCGACCUCCGCGCCGACAAGACGAAAAAGUUCCGCACUGCCGCCGACGCCAUCAACCGCAUCCGGUGGGACCCGCAGCUCGAUAGCAGCGACUUUGUGGUCGGCUAUGAGGACCGGUUCACGGGAGCACAGGAGAAGGAGCUUGACGCGUGGAAGGGCGAGCAGACGGACGAGGAGUUUAUCCCGCAGCACCGGAUCCUGUACUUCAAGCGGAAGAGUGACGACAAGGUGGUGUGGGAUCGGAGAACGCGGUGGGAUGAGCUCUUUGGAAAUGGGCCUUAG